AUGAAUGAAGUUACUUUACUACAGACUAUUGAAAGUAAUUCUACCUCAACUAAUUAUAUUAAUCAUUCAAAAAAUAUAUUUUUAAAUGGUCAAUCUAAUUCUGAUAUUCAAUAUAAAAUAUCUAUAGAUGGUUGGGGUUUACUUUUUGGUAUUAUUUGUGAUGUCCUUGGUAUUAUUGGAUUAUUUUUAAAUUUCUUUGUUGUCUAUGCUUUAUUAGCUAAUCAAAAAAGAAUGUUAUCAAAUAUAUUUUAUGUUCUUGUUCUUCAUUGUUCAAUUGUAGAUAUAGUUAGAGGGAUAUGUUUAAUUAUAAAUGGACUACCAAAUUUAUUAACAAGUCUUGGAUUAACUAUGACUGGACGGCAAGGUUUAUUAAAUAAAACACAAUAUGCAACAUUAAUUCUUCGUUCAUGUAAUUUAUUAACAAUUUUCAAUUUAUUAAUAUUUACAACAAAUGAAUUUAUUGUAAUAAAAUUUCCCCUACAUUAUCGAAGAUAUUUUUCAAGGAGAACAGUUAUCUUUUUAAUUGGUUUAGGGUGGAUUAUUAGUAUAUUAUUUGGUGUUGGAUAUGUUAUAUUAAAUACAGUAUUUGAGAGAAAAUCUAUUAUGAUAAAAACUGAAAUUAAUGAUUGGGAUAAAUAUUUAAAAAAUUAUACACGUAAUAUUGAGAAAGAAAAUGAUUUUGUUGAUGAUAUAGAUGAUGAAAAUAUUAUUUUUCAUAAUGAUGAUGGUAAAUGGUAUUUUGAUGAAUAUAAUGAAAAUUUUAAAAAUUUAUCUGAUGUAAUGGAUGGAAAUGAAAAUGAUAAACAUAAUGAAAUAAAUUGGAAUAAAUGGCUUGAAAUAGAAAGUAAUAAUAGUACAAUAGUUAAACGUAUUGAAAGUUCUGGUAUAAAUCCUGCAACAAUGUCAUCAUUAAUCAUAUUUAUUCUUUGUUAUAUAUGUUUAUUCAUUGUAUUAAUAUGUUAUGGAAUAAUUUUAAAAAGAAUUCGUAGAUUUCAUUCUUCUUCAAGUUUUAAAAGUAAUAAUUCAAAUUUACAGGAAUCAAAAAAAAUAAUUAAUAAAGUACAAUUAAAUAAAAUAGUAUCACAGACAUCAUUAGUUCAUGUUAAUAGUCCAUUAAAUAGAUCUUCAGUUAUAGGAAAAAAUAUUUCCUCUCCAUUAAAAGUAUCAAUAAGACGAGGAAAUUCAUAUAAAAGAUGGAAAUCACAUAUUAUGUCAAGACAUAAAUAUUUAAUUGUUAUUGGAUCAGUACUUUUUGUAGAUAUUUUAUUUUUAAUACCAUAUUCAACCAUUCAAAUGAUAUCAAUAUUAUAUAUAACAAAUAAAUUAAGUACCUCUGCUUUAAGUUCAACAUUUAGAUGGGGUUUACAACUUAUGAUUGGUAUACAUUCUGUAUGCCAACCAAUGUGUUAUUUUAGAAUGAAUGAAUUUCGUCAGAUGGCAUGUUUAAAAAGAAAAGUUAUAAAUUUAAAUAAAACUAGUUCAAAGAAUGAAAUUGUAAGAGUAAAAUCAUUUUCAACAGUUGGAGGAAAAACAUUUAAUUAUACAAAAAGUAAUUGUAAUAAUGAAGAAGCAAUUCAAAAGAUGUUAAAAGAACAAAAUAAUAAAUUACAAAAUGAUCUUAAUGUAAAUACAAAUGAUGAUAAUAUUUUAAAUAAUGAACUUGAAAAAGUUUCAUUUAAUUUAAUUCCAAAAAAUAUUAAUCCUCUAUCAAGAAAAAGAAAAUGUAAUGUUGAAUUAAAAAAACAGCUUAGUUUUGAUAGAGUAAAUUAUUCAAAUAUUCACCACAAAAGAUUAUCAUUAUUUAGUAAACUUGUGGAUGAUGAUGAGAUUGCUGUUGUUGGAGUACCAUUAAUACAUCAAAAAAAUGUUAAAAGUAUGGAUUUACAGAAAUGUAAAGAAUUAUCUAGAAACAAUGUAUCAAGAAAAAAUUUUUAUGGUUAA